GGAGGAGCUGAGGUUUCUCAGCGUUUGUAACAGAUAGCGGACUCUCCGCUGUUUCAGGAGCUCCGGAGCGCAGCGAGUUCCUGUCUGCACACUGGACAAAGUAGCCCAAGUGCGUCAUCAGGCCCUGCUCCUCCCCCUGAAGCUACUCUUGGAUCUGAAACUCGCCUCCCCUGGAAUGAGGCAUGCCCAGUUGAAGCCAGAGUAAGAGCAGCUGACAGCAGGACUAUGCGUUAAGGACUGGCUGUUGAAUGAUUAGCUGAUUUGGGCCCACUGAUCUUCUUCUCUGACUGUUGGAGGGAUUUGUCCUGGCCAUGGGGAGGAAGAAGAUUCAGAUCGCUCGGAUUCUGGAUGAGAGGAACCGACAGGUGACGUUCAUGAAGAGGAAGUUUGGCCUGAUGAAGAAGGCUUAUGAGCUGAGUGUUCUGUGUGACUGUGAGAUCGCCCUCAUCAUCUUCAACAGCUCCAACAAGCUGUUUCAGUACGCCAGCACAGACAUGGACAAAGUCCUGCUGAAAUACACAGAGUACAACGAGCCCCACGAGAGCAGAACCAACUCAGACAUUUUAGAGGCUCUGUGCAAGAAGGAGCACCGAGCCUGCGAAAGUCCCGACACCGAGUCCUCCUACUUCCUCACCCCCAACACGGAGGAGAAAUACAAAAGGAUCAACGAAGAGUUUGAUAACAUGAUGAAGAGUCACAAAAUUACGACAGGCCAACCACAGCAGCACUUCCUGCACGCGGCACCAGGCAGCACAGCGUAUUGUCCUGCUGCAGGAGGAGGAGGAGGGCUUUCCCAUCCACUAGCUGCAGCUACAGCAAUCCUGGCCAACAGCGGCAUCCUCUCUUCACCUCACACACAUCCUCACAGAAACACAAACUCCACACAAAGAGCUCCCAGCUGUACAAGCACAGGAAGCCUCCAGGACGGCUCUAGUCUGGCUCUGCACAACGGAUCUGGAGCUGCUGUGAAUGUGAGUCCCAGUGGUGGAAGCAGCUUGGGGAAGACUGUGGCACCAAAAUCUGCUCUUUCCCCCCAGGGAAACAGCCCGGUCCCUGGCAGCCGUAAAACCGACCUACGAGUGGUCGUCCCCCACUCCACAGGACUGCUGCCGAGUAACCAGAGGCUGAGCAGCACCCUGCCCACCCCGGUGGUCUCCAUCAGCACACCAAGUCUGCCUCACCAGAGUCUGGACUACCCCAGCAUCAGCCCUGCCUACGAUUACUCCCUGAACAGUGUGGAGGUGUCAGGCUUCAGCUCUUCCACUGCUCCCUCUCUCAGCUCCAUGGCAGCAUGGGAGCAGCACCAGUUGAGCUCUUUAAGUUCAGGCAGCUCUAAUCUCUCCAUCAACACAGACCACAGCAUCACCAUCAAAGCUGAGCCGAUGUCACCGCCACGCAACCACCUCAACCAGCCCAGUUAUAUCAGCCUCCGUCCUCCUCCUCCUCCCCCCUCCACCCGAGCAGAGACGGGCAGAUCUCCUGCAGACAGCGUGCACUCCUCCUGCAGCUCCCACGAGGAGGGCAGCAACCAGGAGGAGCAGCAGCAGCACCCCCUGGAGCUCCACUCGCUCUCUGGGGGUCGGCUAGAGAGCAGGGAGAUUCGGACAGUGAAACGGAUGAGGAUGGACAGCUGGGUGACAUAGAAACGUGUGGUCACGGGCACCUUAAGAUCAGGACAAAUAGAGCAGGGACACUCUUUAUGCAAAGGAAAUGAUCAGAUUUACAUAAAUGUGUUUAUUCCUUUAAAUGACGUUUCUUUGUUUUUUGCUGAAUGUUCUGACUUGUCAGGAACUCCUGGGCUCAUGACAUCCUAUCUGAAGUACAAGGUAUUUUUUCCACCUGUGUCAGGCUUUGGCUUUCUUGCUGUUUCUAUGACGAUUAUAAAUAAAAUCCACAGUGAAAUCAGUCCUCCCCCCACAUCAUUGUACCUGUUACUUCCCACGGUUAUGUUCUUGUUUAUAUCAGCCAAAGCAGUAAACUGUUUAUAUUCUCGUUUUCAUCAUGUUCACACAAACCUUCAUCUGGAUCUGAACAUUAAAGUCAUCAUCACGUGUAUGAGCAGCUGUGAAGUACUAACAACACAGCACUGAUGCUCUCUCCUAAUGAAAACAUAUAAUAAUGACUUCUACAUGUUCGUCUCUGAAGAAACCAGAGCGAACUACCAGGGUUUGUUUGGGCUCAGGGUCCAGUUUUGAACAGGUCCUCUAACUAUUCAAACACAAGUAUGUUAUAUAAUUAAACUAAUGUGGAACUGUAGUCCUCAUUAACCAAACAAAAACAGAAAUCUGGGUGUGGAAAGUUGCGUCCACCUCCAGAUCCAGCACAUCUAUGACAUUCAUCAGCAGCAAGUGCUUUGAGAUUUCUGUCCGACUUUGUCUCUCACAUGGUUCUGGACACGGUGCAGUCCAUUCUUGUGAGUAAUGUUGACUUAUUUCCUUCUCAGACAUUAGUUUCUGAUCAUCCCUCUCCAUUCAGGUUUACGUCUGAACACUGCAGAGCCUUGAUUCCUUUCUUUUCCAGUCAUUUUGUUGUAGAUUGGCUGCUUGGUCUUGGUUCUGCUUUAUGAGCCAGUUUGGUCCAAACCUGUCAGACGGAUGGACUCAUAAGACUUUAGAAUACUUUGGUCUACAGAGGAGUUCAUGGUUGACUUUUUAACUGUAAGGAGCCCAGACCAUCAUCCCUCCUCUGCCGUGCUGCCAGCUGAGAUCAGCGGUUUGUGCUGAUAAAGUGUUUGGUUUUUACAGAACAUUGCUCAGUGCAUUAUGGGUAAAUUUUGCUACUUACUUUCUCUCAUCUGUACAGGAUGUCCAUUUAGGAGUAUUCUUUCUGUAGAAUGAUGGAGUAAAACGUGUUUGGAAAUGACCUUUAACCUUUCAUAGACUGAUGGAUAAUUACAGCUUCUGAGGUCAUUGCUGGUUUUUCUCCUUGUGUUAACACACGCCUGUAUGCUCCACAAAACUGUCAAAACUCUUAUCUGGAGGAGUUCACACUCAUAAUGAGCUUGAACCUCUGAUCAGCAGCUUCUGUGUAGAGGGGUUAGCUUUUCACACUCAGCUUUUUCAAUUUAGCUUCAUUUGCCUUCAUUUAAAAUAAUAUGGUGGGAUCUGUUUUGUAUAUUUGAAGUUAAAUCAUUUGAAAACGUGGACCAGAUUGUGUUAAUACCUCCUGAUAUGUAAAACAUUGUUAACGCUCUCUAGACUGUUGUCACUGAUUCACAUCAAACCACUUCUGACUCUAAGGCAGUAUCAGGAUUAGUGCCUUCAUCAGAAACCUGCCAUUUCAAAUCCUGUACAUGUCUAUGAUUACAUAAUAAAAUCUAAUUGAUCAUUACAUAGUUGUUAUCUUAACAUCAGAUGAUAAAUAGUUCUGUUUUGAAAACUGCAUUUUCAAACCAUCAUCAUUUAGGCUUGAAAGGUUAACUUCACUGAAAAACCAUUUAAAAUGAUUAUUUCAGAUCAUAAUCAGUCACUCAAGAGUUUUUCAUGCAGGCUAAACAUGAAAAUAGUCUCACAACAGGGAAGGCUGCUGUUGGUUUAGCGUCCUGGAAAGAGAUGUUGGCUACUAGAAGCUAACCAUUAGCAUUAGCAACUCCACCACACAGCAGAACUCCUCCAGGCUUGUGGUAUUUGUGGAGAUAAAACAUCAAUGUUGCAGAGCAAACAGAGUCAGCGGUAGAGUUGGGUUGUUGUUAUCGAACCAAAGGCAAGUUGUCCAAAUAUCAGGAAAUAUGACUCCAAAUCCUGCCGUAUUUUGUCACCUACUCCUGCUAAUGUUUCCAUUCUCCAUCAGGUCCUCCUUACAAGGCAUUCAUUCCUACUAGAGACCACUGCAGAUGUAUUAAAAAUAUGAGUAAAGUUGACCUUUAAAAGGUUAAAGAGAGUGGACCUUAGUUUAACCCUGACAUAGUUUCAUGCUCAAACUAUCCUCCUUUAGCUAUUAAAAUUUUGAUACAUAUAAAACCUUUAGAAAUCAAAAGCGUCCCCAGGUAAAGAACACUAAACUUCACCGCUGAGAAACAGGUGGGUUGAUGCAGAGGAACGACUGUGGUGAACGAUGCAAACGCUGCAAAAGACAAACCACAACGGACGAAAAUGCAUCAAGCAUGAAUGUCAACUGAAAGAAACACUAAGACUGAAAGUGUCUUCUAACACACAUAUUUAAUUGAUAUCUUGUAUUGAUGCACUAGCACUGUAAUUAAAUAUGGUCGCUGUGGUUCAGACAGAAUUUCUGAUGGUACAACAACCCAGACUAAAGAGCUUGCACUGGUUGCUUUAAUUGUAGUUCAUGUACCUCUGCAAGCUAAAGCUAAGACGGCCAUGGAGACGCUCCAUCACUCAUCAUUUAACCAGUCUGGUCUGUACCAUCACUUUAGGUGACUAUAGUCUUGCUAAUUUAAAGAGUGUUUUAUGUGAAUGUGAACUUUCUAACAAGCGAAACAACACUGUGGGUCAAAGACAAACAUCCUGAAUGCCUACAA